AUGUCUAACUUUUAUGAAAAUGAUGAUGAUGUUCUUCAAAUGAUACAACAAAUAAAAAAAAUAACUAAUGAGUCAAAAAGAAAAUUUGAACAUGAAAUAGAUUAUUUAGUCAAAGAUACAAAAAAUUGUUUAAUUAACACUGUUAAUCAUGAAAAAAAUGCUAUAAAAAAUACAGCAGAGGAAAAAUUAAAUAAAUAUCGUGAAAAUAUUUUAAAACAGGAAAAAAAUAUUAAAGAAAAACAUAGAAUAUAUCAAAAAUUGAAAACCGAAUUAGCUGAAGUAGCAAACAAUUACAAAAAUAAAAUUAAGGACUUCUAUAAGGAAACAGAAAACAUCAUAAAUGUUUAUGAAUCUGAAAAAAAGGAAUUAGAGACAUUAGAAGAUAGGGAGUGGAAAGAAUUAAAUGCUCAAUCAAUUGAAAUUCUAAACAAAACUAAAUCUAAAAUAUAUGCCAAUAAAGAAGAAACUAACGAAAAACUUAGAAAAGUUUUAAAGUCAAUACUUUAA